UUCGGCAUCUGCGACGCCGCAGUUCGUUCUCGAUCGCUUCGCGGCGCAUCUGAGGUUGCCUUUUCUACCUGUCUAUAACCAAGGUGGAAGUCUCAGCGAUCACUAGAUAUAUCACUGGAUUUGAAAUCGCCAUGCUGUAUAAAGGGUGGUCCUGCCCCGGGUCAGGAACAGCGCGACCAUCAUGGAGAACUACAGCGGUUUCGACGCAGACUCUCUGCGCUCUUCUUACCCAUCCACCGUCGCAUUGGAUGAAUAUCCUCCGUCGCAUGCAGAGAGACGCCCCAGUGAAAUCCUCCUCGGUUUCCCUCGUCCGCCCAGCAGAGCCAACAUUCUUAACAAUGCGACCAGCCUCGUAUCCAGACCUUCCAUUAAGACCCUCCGACGAAACUACAUGAUCCAUGAACUCCCUCUUUUGCAGCAGCAAAAUCCCUACGAUGGAUCCGACCAAUUCAAUCCCGUCCACGAAGCCGGACUCUCCUACGACCUUAUUGCGCCGCUUGACGACACUCAUGAAACACCCUUACAUAGUCUGGAGCGCCUUGCUGACCUCAUGUUCUCCUCAGAGCAUAUGCUCUCGAUUCUCAAUAACCCACGAUAUCUCUCGCGCUUCCGCGAGUUUCUGCUCGAGGAGCGUCCGCGCUCUUUGCGACAUCUAACCUACUACUUGAAUGCGCGCAAAGCGCUUAAAGCAAUCGAAUACGCCAAUGCACUGGUCCAAUGCUUUAUUGAUGACCCGCCACCAUCAAUCUCUGUGUCUGGGAAGAUCGGGGAGGCUACUCAUCCCGCACUGCAGUGGCGCGUCCAAGAGGCGCUCCAAGUGCUGACAGACGAAGAACUCCCGGCGUUCAUCACAUCGCGCUGCAUCAGCAUUACCAGUCGAGUAGUCGAGGAGCGCGUCCGGGGUACCCUUCCGCAUAAGUUCUCGAAGACAUCAGAUGCGCUGGCCGAGGUAUUCUGUCUCACAGAUCCAUCGAGACGAGAUAAUCCGAUUAUCUUUGCGUCAGAUGAGUUCCACCGCACCACACAAUACGGAAUGGACUACGUCCUGGGACGCAACUGUCGCUUCCUACAAGGCCCUAAAACAAAUGCCAAUAGUGUACGAAGAAUCCGAGAAGCCAUAGAAGCAGGACGCCACCACUCCGAACUCUUCCUAAACUACCGCCGCGACGGCUCCCCCUUCAUGAACCUCCUGCAAUGCGCCCCCCUCUGCGAUAGCCACGGCAAAGUCCGGUACUUCAUCGGGGCCCAAAUCGACGUCAGCGGACUGGCCAUGGACGGCGCACAAAUGGAGUCUCUCCGCGCGUUACAAGAAAAACAACGCAUGCAAGACGAAGCACGAUCCCCGUCCCCAUCGCUAUCGCCAUCGGAAUCAUCAACUCCAAGCCCAGCCACCCCAUCCCAAACCGACCCCUUCCGCAACCUCAGCGAACUCUUCAGUCCUCACGAACUCAACAUAACCAGCGAAGUCGGCGGGAAUCUCUUCCAACCCCGACCCAAAACAUCCCUCCAGGCCCAGACACACACUCGCUCGUGGUCCAUCACUUCAUCCCUCGAAAUGGAAGCCAUCCGCGAAGUAGAUCUCAAAGCAGAGUUAUUCAAGGGCUCAUUAACGGGCGUUUAUGAGAAUUACCUCCUAGUCCGCCCCUACCCCUCCCUCCGAAUCCUCUUCACUUCCCCAUCCCUCCAAAUCCCAGGAAUCCUACAAUCAUCAUUCCUGUCCCGGAUUGGGGGCAGUUCUGCAGUCCGGGACGAACUACUCCAUGCGUUGAUGAGUGGGAGGAGUGUCACGGCGAGGAUUAAAUGGGUAACGAGGUUUAAUCCCCAGGGGAGGGAUCGCUGGGUGCAUUGUACCCCGCUGAUGGCGAGUAAUGGCGAAGUGGGGGUUUGGGUGGUUGUUGUUGUUGAUUGUGAGUGAUUUUGUUUCUGUUUGGGAGGGGUUCUUGGGUUGGGUUUGGUGUGGUGUGGUUUGGUAUUGGUUUAUAAUUAAUAGCAUGGUUGGUUAGUUGAUUAAUGGUGUGAUGGUGUGAUGGUAUGAUGAUGUAUAGUACAUUGU